CGAAAAGAUUUCCUCACACCUCCACGAGAUUUUUGCGGCACAAACAGUGGCAAUUUCGAGUCGAUUCUCUUCAGGAACAGUUCGCGUGCUUCUCGUCUCCGGAAUUCCUCUAUAAGUUGCAAGGCUCGCCGCUAACUGGAUCUUGAUAAAUAAAUAACCAUUUAUUCUGGAUAAACAAAAAUCAGCAGCCAAACCGAAGAAAUAUUUGUGCCCUAGUUGAUUUCGGCUUCUGUCUGAAUUGGUGUCGAAAGCAGAGGAAUUUCUGUGUCACUUUUACGAAAAUAGCAUACCAGAGAUGUCAGAGCCCGCAGCCCAACAACAGCAGCCGCAAAAUGGCAAGGAACGCUCCAAGUCCACCGAGGAGAAGGAGGUACCACGCGAGCCGGCCCUGGUCCUGAAAGACAUUGACAUUAAGACUGAACUAGAAAGCCUCGUUAAAUUGCUCGAUGGCAAAAUCUACAAGGAGGAAGAGGUGGCCAUGGAGGAGCUGCAUCAGUAUUUGAUCGAGGAUGAUGGCUCUUGGGCGCUUGGAGACAAUUUUCUGGUAUUUGUCCAGCGCGUCUUGCGGGAUGUUCAGGCCUUCUCCCCGGACACACGGAUACAUUUGAUCCGGACUCUGGCCUAUGCCGCUCUUAAAGACGAUGUGAUCAUUAUUCUGCACCAGGAUCGCCGCGAUCACACGCUGAUGAACUUUGCCCAGGACAUUGAUAAGCACACGCCAGAGGAGCAGCAAGCCUGGGCCAUGUUUAUGUGUAAUUUAUUUGAGAAUGUUGGUCCCUCCGAGUGGCUGCUGUACAUAUCCGAAUGGGACUACAAUGGACAGACCAUCUCCAAUAUUCGUGUGACUACCAAGGUGGCCGUUCACUGCAUCCUUUCCAAUUGCCCGCAACUGAAAAACAUUGGCAGCAUGAUCCUCUACAACAUUGCAAUCAAGGAAGUCAAGACUGUGGUUUUCGAUGACAUAGCUGUGGAGCUGGCCAUGGCCAUUCUUCAGUUCUUCCAGAGCAGUCCGAACGAAGACCAGAUCUUCCGCACGCUGAAGGCUCUCGUGCGCUUCCUAGAGGUCUCGGCAGAUGUGCCAAUGAUCAUUCAAAUGAUUGGACCACAUCCAAAACAGUUUGCCGGCAAAAGCGAGCGCGUCGACGAGCUGAUAAAAGUCAUCAGUCGCAAGGUGCCCGCCUAAGGGAGACUUCCACUCAAAAAGAACAUAACCAUAGUUUCUCCUCUUUUCUAAUAUAUAUUUAUUUUAGACCCACACUUUUGUAAAGCAUUUUAGCGACUCAAUAAACUCUUGUACCCUUUUAAAA